AACGAAGAAGAAAAGAGCUGGUGCUGGAAAUUGAUGUCUGAAGAUGGCAAAUUAUGCACAGAUUCCGACGAGUUUUGGGCACGAGCUCCGGGCUUGCCUUCGCUGCAGGCUCGUCAAAACUUACGAUCAAUUCAGAGAAUCAGGCUGUGAAAACUGCUCCUUUUUCGGCAUGGACAAAGAUCAAGAGCGCGUAGUGGAAUGCACCACUCCUAAUUUUACUGGGAUCAUUGCAGUCAUGGAUCCAAGUAGAAGUUGGGCUGCUCGGUGGUUGCGCAUGGGAAAAUUUGUUCCUGGUUGUUACACUCUUGCUGUCUCAGAAGCACUUUCAGAAGAUCUGCAGGCCAUAUGUGAGGAGGAACAUGUGCAAUAUAUCCCACCAAAACGUGUAUAGUGCCUUUCUAUGGCGGUGACGGCACAUGCCGAUAUUUAUGGACGUGCAC